GUGGUUCUUUGAGGUGCGAGGUUGGCUGCCGCGAGCUGGGGUGACGUCCUGGGCGGGUCCCCGGCGCCAGCCGCUGUUUGCAACGUUCUGCAGGGGUCAAACCCUGGCGAAUAAUAUGCCCAGUGGAUCCGGGCGACCAGCUCUCUCUGGCGACGAAGGAUGGAAGCGGUACCUGACGAACUGGCCUACGAUUAGGUACCGUCCGACGUUCUCGGAUGCUGUUUUGGGCGAGGGAGGCGACUGAACCAACCAAGAAAGAACGAACUCCGAGCAGCCCUUGAGGUCACGGAGUCCUCGGCUUCUCCGCAUUGACAUUAAUUGAUUGAUUGAUUCAUCAAACAACAAAACCUUGAAUCUCGAUCUUUCUUCGCGCCACAGAAGAUGAGAUCGACAUCCACGCGGAGAUGAGUUCUUCUCCAACGCCCUCACCCGGCCAAUGGCCCCCUCAACGGCCUUCCAAACGAAGCAAACUGCGCAAUGGCUCUGUCAUUAUCCCCUCGACCGGCGAGCGGGUACACCGCACCUUCACCCUCCGCCCUUCCAGUCUGUUCCCGUCGAGGCAAGCCGAUGUCUCCGAGGCGUCGGAGACGGAACCUCACUUCUCACGGCAAUCUAUCUCGGACCGAACACAUGUGGCGGCGCAUAACGUCCGCGAAGGAGGCGCCCGUUUCCUCCGCUGGUUGAACUCUCCUGUCGGCCAUGGGAUAAUAAAAUGCACACUCGCAUACACGCUGGGCAGCUUAGCGACGUUCUGGUCGCCCUUGUCCGACUUCUUGGGCAGGCCAGACGGGAAACAUGUCGUGGCUACGUUGACCGUCUACUUCCACCCUGCGAGGUCGAUGGGAUCCAUGAUCGAGGCGGUCUUGAUCGCAAUCGUGGCCGUCGCGUACGCGGAACUGGUCUCCAUCCUAUCUAUGUGCACGUCGGUACUUUUUGGCGGUGUCAUGGGAAUGGUCCCCCUUGCGCAUGGCCUGGUUUUGGGCGUCUUCAUAGGGGGCGGCUUCGGCUUCAUCGGGUGGGUCAAGCAAAAGAUGAACAACCCGCUCGUCAAUGUCGGCAGCACCCUUGCUUCGCUCGCCAUUAUCGGUGUUGUUACCAAGGAAACAGCCGUCCUCUCGGGCGUCUUCUCGAACCAGAAGAUUGUCCAGAUUCUCAAGAUGCUCCUGAUGGGCAUAACAAUCACUACGGUCGUUAACGUCGCGGUGUGGAGGGCAUCCGCUGUGUCCGCCUUGCGCCAGUCAAUGACCAAGGCAUCGGUCUCGCUAGGCGGCAUGCUGUCGCUCAUCACCCGUGGUUUUCUCAGUGGUUCCGAAGACGACGUGCUCUCGCCUGAAUUUGCUGCGGCCUCAUCUGCGUACUCGUCCGUCUAUCCCCAAAUGACCAACAACCUCCGCGAGGCCAAGUUUGAGCGUUACUUUUUGGGGCGCGAGAAAGUCUACCAGCUCGAUAGGGCGGUGGUGAGAUCGAUGGAGACCCUGGCCCAGUCCAUUGGCGGUUUGCGAAGUGCCGCAAAUUCUCAAUUCGCUCUACUCAAGGAGCCCAUGGCGCCGUUGUCGCGUGUGACGUCUCCUGAAGGCCCUGUUACCUCCCCCCUCUUUUCGCCGGGUCUCCAUCGUACGAUAGCCAGCACGAUGAGAGCUGGCAGGGAAAGGUUACCCAUACUAUCCGCCAUCGACGAGGCAUCCGAUGAGAGCCAUGAGGACGAGGGUGGUUAUUUUGCCCAGAGACGUCAGUCAGACGCCACCGCCGCAAGCCUGCCCCCCUUUCGACACGCGUCGGAGAUAUUUGCGCUUUUUAUUGAGUUGCUUGGGCCCUCAAUGAAGUCGUUGGCCUAUACCUUGUCCGAGGUGCUUCAAGAUCCGCCAUUUGGAGCUGCACCCGACUAUAAAAUUACCAUCAACGAUCAUUUUCGUCAGAGCCUCGCUGAUGCUUUGUCACUCUUCAACGAAGCCAGGGCACAUGCCCUGCAAGAACUGUACAAGACCCUUGAACUAGACCGUACUCGGUCCGAGGGCAUCCAAGCCGAUUUUGAAGAGGUCGCGGCCGCUUGUGGUCACUUUAGUUUCAGCUUGCAAACGUUUGGCGAGGAGAUGCAGAAGUACUUGGACGUCUUGGAUGACUUAAAGCUUGCCGACGAGCGCAGCAGACGUAGUUGGCAUUGGCUCAAGUGGUGGAGGAACGGCCGCCAGCCCGGCCAGAAAGCCUUGACCCUGCCCUACGACAACGAAGAGCGCGAGCCCUUCAUCAAGCCGAUCAAGAAAAGUGCGAUGCCCAGGGGCAUAGCCGAGCCGUUACUCAAGCGAAGAGACACGUACAGUUGGGAAGCUGCCCCGGAGACUAAGAAAAGCAAAGUCAUCGCGACAUUAUCCCAGAGGGCUCUCAGGACAGUGAGGCGGAUUGCUAGGGACGACCUUCGGUACGGCUUGAAAGUCGGUGUCGGAGCGACCCUCUGGGCCUCACUCGCAUUCAUCCCACAGACCAGGGAAACAUAUCGACACUGGCGAGGCGAAUGGGGCCUUUUAUCGUUCAUGAUUGUCUGUUCUAUGACGGUAGGGGCCGCCAACACGACCGGCUGGGCAAGGUUUUUGGGAACCGUCAUCGGUAUUACGACCGCAGGCCUCAAUUGGGAGAUAUCACAGCAAAGUGCCCUCGCCCUCGUUCCGCUCGGGUCGCUCGUGGCGUUUUGGGGCUUCUAUGUCAUUAUCGCGCGGGGGAACGCUCCGAUGGGCAGGAUUACGUUGUUGGCCUACAACGUGUCGACGCUCUACGCGUACAGCAUCUCUCAAAAGGUCGACGACGAUGACGACGAUGAGGGUGGGAUUGACCCCAUUAUGAAGGAGAUUCUGCUUCACCGAUUCACAGCCGUGACGGUUGGAAUCAUUUGGGGGUUGAUCGUAUGCCGGCUGAUUUGGCCCAUCUCCGCACGCAAGAAGUUCAAAGAGGGCCUCAGCAUGCUGUACCUCCAGAUGGGCCUCAUCUGGAAACGUGGGCCGCUCGCCAUCCUCCUCCGCAGCGACUGCACCCGCUCCUAUCUCCGCACCGGCGAGCAAGCAGCGCUCCAAAAGUAUGCCGCACGCCUCGACACCCUCCGCUCCAGCGCCGCCCGCGAGUUUGAGCUCCGCGGCCCGUUCCCCUCGGAACAAAACCGACUGCUCAUGGGCUGCGCGCACCGCCUGCUCGACGCCUUCUACGCCAUGUCGCUCGUCACACAGCGCAAGGGCAACCUGACCGAGGGCGAGCGCGCCCUGCUGCUAUACACGGCCGACGAGCGGGCCAUGCUGUGCGACCGCAUCUGUCACGUCUUCCAGGUCCUGGCCUCGUCGCUGAUGCUCGAGUAUCCGCUCACGGACGCCAUCCCCAGCGUGACGCGGAGCCGGGAUCGGCUGCUGGGCAAGAUCUUCCAGUUUCGGAAGGACCAUCAGCAUGAUAUCGGCGAGGGUGGGAGUAGCAACGGCGCCACGACGAGCUAUGUCGGUCUUGGGCGUCUGGGGCAUCUGAAUGUGCAAGAGCAUGACUACGCGCUUCUUUAUGCUUAUGCGCUGGUAACUGGGCAGGUGGCGGAGGAGUUAAAGGUGGUUGCCAAGGAGAUUGAGGGUUUAUUUGGCGUUCUGGAUGACGAGACGCUGCUACUGCAGUGAUCUUGUCUUUGGUCGGGGGAGGAGGGGGUUUGCUUUUAUCUGGUAGAUUGGGAUUCGGGAAGGGUUCGGCUCGCGGGAGAAUACUUAUUUUUCUGUGGUUUUCUCACUUGCUCUUCUCGCUGCCAUGGUUGUGGGAUGAGAGGCAGACGAAAGGGGCCCCUUCAUGGACGAUACGAGCCCGAACUAGUGGGUACUUGUUGAUUUGCACAGUUAGGAUAAUGUAAAGAUGAGUGUCCGGGGAAAAAGGAAGCGUACUUCAUAUACUCACUCAUGUUCAUGAUAUGUUGAACCGAAAUAAACAUCUCUGAGAUUAAACACGAAC